AUGCUGGAGGAGGUGAAGCGGCUGCUGGAGGAGCAGGAGGACGAGGAGCUGACCAACCUCGAAACCUUUGCCGACUAUAUGCCCUCAAAGUUGAAAAUCGGCAAACGCCACCCCGACCUGAUCGUGGAGACGGCCUCCCUUGCCUCCAUUCCCCCGCCCGACGUCUACUACCGCCUGGCCAUUCCCGACGAGCCCAUCGACGAGGGCCGCCUCUCCGCCCUCCAGCUGGAGUCGAUCAUCUACGCCUCGCAGCAGCACGAGACGACGCUCGCCGACGGCAGCCGCGCCGGUUUCCUCAUCGGCGACGGGGCCGGGGUCGGCAAGGGCCGCACCGUAGCGGGCAUCAUCUACGAGAACUACCUCCGGGGGCGGAAGCGGGCGCUCUGGUUCAGCGUCAGCGCCGACCUGAAGUUUGACGCCGAGCGCGACCUCUACGACAUUGGCGCCGGCGCCAUUGAGGUCUACCAGCUAAAUAAGUUCAAGUACGGCUUCAAGAUCAACUCGCCGGAGAAUGAGAACGUGCGGAAGGGCGUCGUCUUCAGCACCUACUCCUCGCUGAUUGGCGAGUCGACGACGAACCGAGGCCAACUGUUUGCCACCCGCUUCAACCAGAUUGUGCAGUGGUGCGGCGAGGACUUUGACGGGCCCAUCAUCUUCGACGAGUGCCACAAGGCGAAGAACCUCUUUCCCGGUGGAGCGGGCACCCGCCCAUCCAAGACCGGCCAGGCGGUGCUGGAGCUGCAGAGGCGCCUGCCGCGGGCGCGCGUCGUCUACGCCUCCGCCACCGGCGCCACCGAGCCGAAGAACAUGGGCUACAUGACGCGGCUCGGUAUCUGGGGCCCGGGGACGCCCUUUGAGGACUUUGCCAGCUUCGUGCAGACGGUGGAGCGGCGGGGCGUCGGGGCCAUGGAGCUGGUCGCCAUUGACCUGAAGAUGCGGGGCAUGUACAUGGCGCGGCAGCUCAGCUUCAAGGGCGUCACCUUUCGCAUUGAGCACGUCCCACUGAGUCGGGAGUUUAUCCGCCUCUACAACUGCUGCUGUCGGCUGUGGGUGAGUGCGAAGGCGCGCUUCGAGAAGGCACUGGAGCUGAUGGAGGCGGAGACGGCGGUGGCGAAGGCGGUGUGGACGCAGUUCUGGGGCGCCCACCAGCGCUUCUUCAAGUACCUCUGCAUUGCCAGCAAGGUCAGAUUUGCGGUGGCCUUCGUGAAGGAGGCCCUCCGGGCGAACAAGGCCAUUGUCAUUGGGCUGCAGUCGACGGGAGAGGCGAGGACGCUGGAGGUGCUGGAGGACAGUGGCGGCGAGUUGAAUGACUUUGUGUCGACGGCCAAGUCGGUCUUUCAGUCGCUGGUGGAGAAGCACUUUCCGGCGCCGAAUCGGAAGAAGCUGGCGAAGCUACUGGGCCGCGACACCUCCUUCUUUGAGCAGUUUGGCAUCAAGCUGAGCCGCGAUGACAACGACCAGAUUGUCGUCGGCUCGAUGGAGGAGGACGAGGAGGAGCAGACCAGGCAGCAGGGCCUGAAGAAGGCGAGGAGCUUCUUUGAGGCGGAGGCGGCGGAGGUGUCCUCGGGGGAGGAUGAUGAGGACAGUGAUGAUGACGACGAUUUUAUCAGCGUCAGUGAGGAGGAGGAGGAUGACUUGAUGGCGGGCAUCUCCAAUGGAGGUGAUAAUGGCAUCGGCGGAGACUCGAGCAGCGACAUUGACUCGGACGACCUGGACGCCAUUGACGACAUCAUGGACGAGAAGCUGGGGCUGAAGCGGAAGCGAGGAGGCGGAGGGAAGAAGACCAACGGAAGCGCCUCAAACGCCGUCAAGUUUAUGGACAUUCUCCUGGGGCCCUCUUCGGCGGCCGCCAAGCGGAAGCGUCGCACCAGGAGGAAGAAGAAGAAGGCGAAGAAGAGGCGGCCCGCGAAGAAGGCCCGAACUGUGCCCGGCGGAAGCUCCCGGGCAGCCGCCGCCGCCGCCAACCGAAGACGAUCAAGUAUGCGCAACAAGUACGAGAAGUUCUACGCCGGCUUUGACGCCGUCGGCGAGGACGUGGGCGGGUACUGCGAGCGGCUCCGCGACGAGCUGAUGCAGCAGCUGGAGAGCUUUGGCGAACGGCUCCCGCCGAACACCCUGGACGAGCUGAUUGACGAGCUGGGCGGCCCGGAGGCGGUGGCGGAGAUGACCGGGCGGAAGGGCCGGGUGGUGAGCACCGAGGACGGGCAGGUGCACUUUGAGGCACGGGCGGACAAUGACGUCAGUCCGGAGAUGCUCAACAUUCGGGAGAAGCAACGGUUCAUGGACGACGAGAAGCGCGUGGCGAUCAUCUCGGAGGCGGCCAGCUCGGGCAUAUCGCUGCACGCCGACCGACGGGCGAUCAACAAGUGGCGACGGGUGCACAUCACCGUGGAGCUGCCGUGGAGUGCCGAUCGGGCGAUUCAGCAGUUUGGGCGGACGCACCGCUCCAACCAGGUCUCCGCCCCGGAGUACGUCUUUCUCAUCUCCAAUCUGGCCGGGGAGAAGCGUUNAUUGGAGUCGCUGGGAGCGCUGACGCACGGCGACCGCAGGGCGACCGAGUCUCGCGACCUCUCCCAGUUCAACAUUGACACGAAGUACGGGCGACAGGCGCUGGAGAUUGUCAUGCGGCGGAUUGCCCGGCUCGACUCGAAGACGCUGGUCCCCGAGCCGGAGCACUACUCGGGCGAGGACUUUUUCGAUGACUGUCGGGAGGGCCUGGCCGGCGUCGGCCUGCUCACCAUCUGCCGGCGGACCGGGGCGGUGACGCUGGACAAGGACUAUGCGAACAUCAACCGCUUCCUCAACCGGCUGCUCGGGCUGGAGGUGGAGCUGCAGAAUACGCUCUUUCGGUACUUUAAUGACACCAUGGAGGCGGUCAUUAAGACGGCGAAGAGGUCGGGCAAGUAUGAUGCCGGCAUUAUCGAUCUCAGCUCCGAGGUGGGCAAUGUGGUCCGGCUGAGCGAGGAGUCCUUCAUCCUCAAGUCCGCCUCGGGGGCGGCCAAGAUUCAGCUGCACGCGGUGGCCAUUGACCGGGGCCUCCCCUAUGAGAAGGCACUGAACAUGUACAAGCAGGCCCUGCAGGAGGAGGACUACUUUAAGGAGGACGUCGGCUUCUACACUACCGAUUCG